GCUACUUUAGUCCCCCCCCCAACCCCAACAUAAGCACAUUCACAGAUGUCUCUGCGCGCGUAGAGCCGUCUCACCCGCCACGACAGAGCAGCCUGCUCCUGUGUGAAACAACGAGCCGCGCGUAGACAGAGAGAGAGGAGCAGAGAGAGAACCGGGAGAGAUACAAAGAGAGGCAGAGUGGAGAAGAGGAGGCAGAGCAAGAGAAAGAAGAGGCGAAGAGCGCAUACAUCGCUGCCACCCCGACGUUUCCCCUCAUGCGCCUGUUUCGGCUGGUGUGAGGAGAGAAAGCAAGGGAGGGAUAUAAAUCCUGGGAGCCCGUGUCCUCUCUUUGCUUUAUAUUCCCUUCUCUCUCUUUUUUUUUAUCUCCAUCAUCCGAGGGAUGAAGGCGGGUGUCAGCUGGCACGGCAGAAUAAAAGAAAGGGAUGCUUUGAAUGCUGCCUCUCUUUCGACAAGGGGCAAGGAAGAGGAAGUGGGGGACAACACACAACAGGGACAAACACGGGAUUUCUAGAAUCAAUGGGAGUCCUUCUGCCGCAUGCGUUUGGGAAUAGCAGUCUCACACUGAAGUCUCUGAAUGAGGGGCCAGCCCUGAGGACGUGAAACUGUUGGGAGAGUUUGGAUGUCACCGGUGACACAGCUUCCACUGCGUCGGACCACCUUCAACUGUACACAUCUCUACUCUCCAGACGGCACCAAUUAAGGGAGGCUUGAGACAAAGAGUUGUGGCAGUAUCCGACAACACCGACGCCAGGAGGAAAGGAAUACACUGGAGGAGGGGCCUUUGCUUGCUGCAGACGGGCAGAGGACUGCUUGUCUGGACUCAGUGUUGCCUGUCUGCGCGAGUAGACACGGCAGAGAAAGAGGGAAAGGAGAUGGUCGGCUGAGGUGUCAUAGAGGAUGUCACCACUACAAAGCUCGUCCAGUAUGCAGUGUGGUCUUCCCAGCUGCGCAUCACCAGUGGUGCCAUGAUCCAGUUAUAACUGUGGGUAAUGCCGAGCCAAAUAACCAAUCCUGGAGAUGCCGAAGAGAAGAGAUAUUCUUGCCAUCGUGUUGAUCGUGUUACCCUGGACUCUGCUCAUCACUGUUUGGCACCAAAGCGCUAUAGCUCCACUCCUCGCCAUCCGCAAGGCCUGUCACCACCUAGUAAAAGAGAUCUUUAUCAUUCCAGAGAGGCUUGCAGUCCGCCACCACCGGCUCUCAGAUGAUGGUGUUGAGGGCAAGAGGGAGGCAGGUGGCCAGGCGCAGGACUCCAAGGAAUACUGUGCCUCAGAUAAGGACAUUGUGGAGGUGGUGAGAACAGAGUAUGUGUACACGCGGCCUCCACCCUGGUCCGAUGUGCUGCCUACCAUACACAUCAUCACCCCCACAUAUAGCAGACCAGUACAGAAGGCUGAGCUGACACGGCUGGCAAACACCUUCCUCCACGUUCCCAACCUGCAUUGGAUCCUGGUGGAGGACUCGCAAAGGAGAACGCCUCUUGUCACGCGGCUCCUCCGGGAAACAGGGCUUAACUACACGCACCUCAAUGUAGAGACGCCCAGGAACUAUAAGCUGCGGGGUGACACUCGGGACCCCAGAAUCCCCAGGGGGACCAUGCAGAGGAAUCUGGCCCUGCGGUGGCUGAGGGAGACCUUCAACGCCAACAGCAGCCAAGCUGGAAUCGUCUACUUUGCUGACGAUGACAACACAUAUAGCUUGGAGCUGUUUGAGGAGAUGAGAUCGACUCGGAAAGUUUCAGUGUGGCCUGUGGCCUUUGUGGGCGGCUUGCGGUAUGAGUCCCCCAAAGUCAAUGCAGCUGGAAAGGUCUACGGCUGGAAGACGGUGUUCGACCCCCAUCGGCCCUUUGCCAUCGACAUGGCUGGCUUUGCCAUCAACCUGAGGCUCAUCCUCUUCAAGCCACAGGCGUAUUUUAAGCUUCGUGGGGUGAAGGGAGGCUACCAGGAGAGUAGUUUGCUCCGGGAACUUGUCACACUCAACGACCUGGAGCCUAAAGCAGCCAAUUGCACUAAGAUACUUGUUUGGCACACGAGAACGGAGAAACCUGUCCUUGUAAACGAGGGGAAAAAGGGAUUUACAGACCCCAAUGUGGAGAUCUGACUGUUUCCUCUCAGACCACGGUGAUUGGACCUGCAAAGGAAGAAAGCGGCCGGGUCUCUUGAUAAGUGCAACCAGCACUCAUGUCUUAAUCAUCAGAAAAAAGGAAAUGGGGAGCCUUUGACAGGGGGUUUAAUCCUCUUGACUGAAUCUGACAUUUUUCAAAUAUGGAUUUAAAUAGCAUAAAUGUAUCAUAUUAAAGCACAGAUCAGUAAGAGGUGGCAGGUGUUUGUCAGGUCUACGAAUGGAAAUCAGAGGAGACGACUUGAAGGACGCCUCACAGGGUCAGUGUGGACAGAUGUGACCUGCGCCUUCACGGCCCACUGAGGACAACCUAACAACAAAGAGACAGCACAAUAUGAAAAGCAUACAGCCAGUGGAUUCAACCAGACAAGCAGGUUAAAGAACAUCCUUCACCUCAAAAAUAAAAAACUAAGGAAACACAUUGUCUGGAUCUGCACAUGCUUCUCCUUGGAUUUAAAGACACGGCCUGCAUCAUCAGCCUGGAUGAAAACAUGACUCCAAGGACAGAUAUGUCUCAUGUGGAUUUUCCUUUGAGCAAACACAAACAUAGCAAGGGAAGGAAUGUUCUUUUGAUAACUAUGAAAUGUUUGCUUUAAUUUAAUUUAAUUGGUUUGGGUGUUUUCAGGCACUUGACUUGCUAGUUCAAUUCUGCUGACCCUACAUUUACUCUUGGGUUAUCAUUGUUCAUUUUAUAGUGUCAUUACAGAUCAUGCAUUUAAGCCACCCCCGAUCACUUGCAGAGAAACUGCUGUUUGAAAUGUUGAAAUGCUUGGGAGCGGAAACAUACAUGUACACGUGAAAAUCCUAACACUCUUCUUAGCACUUAAAAAAAAUACACAAAUGAUGUUCCUUUGUGGCAACAUGUGUAAAUAGUAUUUCAACAUGAGAACAAUCAGAAGAUUAGUGACAAAUUAGAACAAAAGAAUUGUAAUUAUUGUAUUUAUAGGUUAAAAAAAAUCUCUUCUCUUUCCCCUCUGGUGAAUUCGUCACAAUAACACACGACAAGGCACAGGUCCACUCUAGGUUCAACACAUGGAAAGAGUAAUAGCACAUCACCAGCUUUAUUUGGUAACAGAACCUCAUAACACAUAGACAAGAACUUCAAAUCAGCUACAUGGUCGACUCACAAAAUGCUGAUCAAAUGUAAGUCAAUGGUCUUUUUUGACGUUGCGGGGUAAACAGUGUCAUUUUAGUGAGUUAAUAUUUUCCCCUUGUCUAUGCACGCUCGUAUGUACACAAGCCCCCAGUUAACAAAGGUAUGCUCAUGUGCAAGUAUGAAAAAAGAGCAGAAUGAAACAGCAUCAAAGUCCAAGAAUUUGGUUUUACUAGACUUGUCUCUCUCCAAAAAACAAACAUUUGGAAGCUCAGGCUGCUGACGUUUAAUACUCACAUUCAAACAGCUGCUAUAAGUAACAAAAACUAAAUUUAAAUAAUGUAUGCAUGGCCCCAAAUAUUUUGAUUUUUCUAUAAAAAACUUUAGCUUCCACUUAUGAAAUAAGAUGAUACAUGCUACUCCGAAUUGACAGCAGGCUAAAGAAAAGCACAACAAAAAUAAACCUUAUUUUUGCUAAUGAUUUGGUAGCAACGUUGCGUCAUCUUGCGUACAGUGGACUGAAGUGGGUAUCUCAUGGUUUCUCUUUGUAUUAGUUACCCAUCUGUUGUACAUUAAGUGGAUUACAGGGGGGAGUCACCGCACCUGUAACGAUAGACAUCAGUAGCUAUGACGCUGUAUGGCUGAACACUGUAACAAAGUUAUUCUACACCUCAUAUAAUAGAAUCACUCCACGACUUGAUAAAUCAUCCGUCUAGCGCAAUACACAGUGGAGGUUCUUAUCUAACAUUGCCCAGCAGAAGUAGCUGGAGAUAAUUCAAACACCGAGCCUCUGUACUGUUGCCAGAACAUCUUUGUGCACCCCCCCAACACACACAACCCAAAAUACACUGCUGCAGUAUGAAAACUUCAAGGUGUUACAGCCAGUCAUCAGCCAGAGAAAGCGUAUUAUUACAUAUUUCACUUGGAAUAUGAUAAGAUACACAUUCAGACAAUGGCUGUAUUGUGUCUCUUAUCAAACUGGCUGUUUUUUUAGUGACUGCAUGAUAUUACACUGCACAGGGAUCGGCCAUGGAGAUCACAGACUAUUUUUGGAUUCGUUCUAUUCUCCAACUUGCCUCCAAUUAUUUAUUAGUAAAAUUUAUCAAAUUUAAUAUAUUUAUUUAUGUAUUUAUUUCAGGUGUGGAUGUGCAAUUGAAUCACAGCAGUGUUUGCCCUUAAAUCUGUAUUUUCCAGCUGCUCUCUAAAAAAGCAUGCGCACAUACAGUAUACCGUACACAAUGGAUUAUCAUAUAGAUCUAUUAGAGUUCAGUGCUACGACAGGCAGACACACACACACCAUCUUCUUUGUAGCACUGUUGUUUAGUCUGCUUGAAUGGUCAUUAUCAGCUUUUAAUCUAAAUGAAUGAAUCCACCUGAACUCUUUUUAGCAAAGAAUUUUUGUCCAAAAUGGAAAAAUGCCAGCGUGUAAAAGACUUAAGUCAAAGUGUAUCUUUAAAAAAAAAAAAAAAAAGCAUAACAAUUGAAUUUUGUGCUAAGAAGUUUUCCUGAAAAGUUGUAUAUCAUCUGUGGUGUGUCCUGAAGCAGCAGAUCAAAUUGAAAGGGCUCCACCUUGAAACUGAUGUUGUUAUAUCUUUGUCCGACAUCCAAACUGAAAUUCUUCUGAUUCCGCCAACAGAUGACGUAUUAAGCAAUAUCUAAUCACAAAGAAUUAGUCUACUAGAACCACCCUACCUAUACAUCAGUUUUAGCAGUACAGGUUAUUCAGUAUUUAAUGUCAGUUUAUGAGCAUUACCCUCUGAGGGCUUCUCUAAGGCACAAUACACUUUACACACAAGUCCUACCUUUUCCUCAUCUCCACUGUCAUCUUCCAGCCUCAUGUGAUUCACAUUUUAUGCAUGUGACUCUUAAGGUUGUUUAUUUGCCACAGCAAUUCUGUCUCAGAGAAAGAUGUUAGUUGAAUCAAGAGAAAUAAAUAACUGAGAAGAACCUCA